AUGACCUCCACCUCUCAGACUCAACCAUUGACCUUGGCCGGCAAGGUCGCAAUCGUGACCGGCGGAGCCCGAGGCAUCGGCGCCGCGACGGCCAUUGAGCUCGCAAAGCGCGGCGCAAACGUCGCCAUCACCUUCGUCUCCCCCAGCAGCGCCACCCUCGCCGACGCCGUCCUCUCCACCAUCGCCGCCCUCAACACCGGCGCCACGGCCAUCAAAAUCCAAGCCGACGCCGGCGCCCUCGACUCGCCCGCCAAAAUCAUCACCGCCACCACCGCCGCCUUCGGGCCCAGCAUCGACAUCCUCGUCAACAACGCCGGCGUCGAAUUCGCCAAGCCCCUCGGCGCCAUCACCGCCGAGGAGUACUCCUCCGUCUUCGACGUCAACGUGCGCGGCGCAUUGCUCACGACGCAGGCCGUGCUGCCGCACCUGCGCGCACCGGGCCGCAUCAUCAGCGUCGGCUCCGUGCUCGGCCGCAUCGGCAACCCGGGUUCCAGCGUGUACAGCGCGACCAAGGCGGCGCUGGAGGCGCUGAGUCGCGGGUGGGCGAGCGAGCUGGGCGCGCAGGGGCAUACGGUGAAUGUGGUUGCGCCGGCGCUGACGGAGACGGAUAUGAUGACGCGUGCGGGGGAGGGCGCGGGCGCGGGCUUCGAUCAGGUGGUGCAGAUGCAGAGGAUGUUGACGCCGCUGGAGCAUAGGUUGGGGAAGGCGGAGGAUAUUGCGCUGGCGGUGGCGAUGUUGGCGGAGCCGGCGAGUCGGUGGGUUACGGGCCAGACUAUUCAUGCCUGUGGUGGCAUCUACAUGUCCUAG